AACUUCGAAAGCAACAACGGUUUCUUGCUCUUCCCACUCUCUCUUGACAAGUUGGUAACGCGCAAUUCAAGUCUAUCUCUGUGCUAAUGAGGGAAGUGAAACGAAGCUCGUCGGGCUCAGCUCCUCCAGCGAAGAAGGUCCACUCCUUCUUCACGCAGCCGGCGGGAGGCAGCGGCGCUGGCCCAUCGCGCGGCACAUUCGACAAGGAUGCCUCUGCAUCCCUAGUUCACUACCACUAUCUCGACCCGCUGGGGGACACGCCACCGACCGCCCCAGUGGAGCUCGUCCUAUACGAUCUCGACGGCACUCUCAUCAAGCCGAGCAGCGGAGCCAAGUUUCCCAAGGACCGCAAUGACUGGAUGUGGUGGAAUCCCAUCGUGCCAAAGCACAUCAAGGACGAGAUCAAGAGUGGCAAACAUGUCAUCGUCCUCUCCAACCAGGGACACAAGGCGCCCAAGAUUCGCAACGAGUGGCGCGCGAAGCUGCCGCUGAUUUCAGCCAAGCUCGGCGACCUCCCCUUUCGGGUGCUGGGUGCUCUUGAGAAGGACAUCUACCGCAAACCCAACACUGGCAUGUUCGACUUUGUUGCCAAGCUGUACAAGGACAGGGGAUGGGAGAUCGACAUGGACAAGGUAGUCUACGUUGGCGACGCAGCGGGCCGGAAGAGGGACCAUAACAAUACCGACCUCACCAUGGCCCUUAAUGCUGGAAUCAAGUUCUACACACCGGAAGAGCACUUCCUUGGCGAGACCAAAGCGUACCCUCAUCCACCAGACUCCUUUCGGCCGUCCAACUCGCCCGCACUACAGGACAACUUGCCGCCAGUUGUUCCAUCUAAUACCCCUAUUGCGAGGGAUAAAAUGGAGAUAGUAGUCUUCACUGGCAUCCCCGCCUCCGGCAAGACGAGCUUCUACCGCCGCCACUUUACAAGUUAUGAGCACAUCAACCAGGACACUCUACGGACCAGGGACGCGUGCGUGAGAGCAGCACGCAAGAAGUUGGAGGAGGGGAAGUCGGUCGUUGUUGAUAACACGAACCGGAACAAGGCUACCCGAGCGGUGUAUGUGGCGCUGGCAAAGGAACAAGGCGUGCCGAUCAGGCUGUUCCACUUCACCACCCCUCCAGAGCUGGCGAAGCACAAUAACGUAUACCGGGCACUGCACGCCCCAGCGGAUGAGCCAAAGCGCGAGCUGUUGCCGGCUCUGGCGUUCGGUAGUUAUACUGCCGACUUUGAGCUGCCAAAGCUAAACGAAGGGUUUGAAGAGAUCCGCACUGUCAACUUUGUGUGGGAGGGCGACGAGGAGCAGCGCAAGCUCUGGGACCGUUACCUGCAAUAGGCAGAGGAGGGUGCGGCGGAGGCCGUCAUGAAUACCACGUCUUCCAGAA